AUGCUCCGGCAGCACGGCCAGGACGCGCCGGCAGGGCAGUUGGUAGCGGCGGUGGCAGCAGCAGGAGGCGAGCCAACCAGCACAGAGCAUGAUGCCCCCGCCCUGCUGACUGACAGCUCUGCCAUCCAAUCAUCUGGCGGUGCGCACCGCACGGGCGGGCGGAAGUUGCCGCCGUCGGGGCCGCCGCUGUCGGAGGCGAUGGAGGCUCCUGGCGGCACCGGCGGGGCCGGCGCGGGGCCGGGGCGGCCGCCGCCGCCUCCCGGGGACCUGCGCAGCGUGCUGAUCACCAGCGUGCUGAACUUGGAGCGGCUGGAGCUCGACCUUUUCAGGGGCCGGCACCACUGGGUGCCCGCCACGCAGCGCCUCUUCGGCGGGCAGAUCGUGGGGCAGGCCCUGGUGGCGGCCGCCCGCGCCGUGAGCCGCGACGAGCAGGUGCACUCGCUGCACUGCUACUUCGUGCGGACAGGGGAUCCCAAGGUGCCGGUGCUGUACGAGGUGGAGAGGACUCGUACAGGGAAGAGCUUCUCCGUUCGCUCCGUGAAGGCCAUCCAGCAUGGAAAGCCAAUCUUCACCUGCCAGGCCUCCUUCCAGCUGUCCCAGGGGAGCCCAGUGAAGCACCAGUUCACCAUGCCCACCGUGCCGCCCCCUGAGGAGCUGCUGACACAGGAGGAGCUCAUCCAGAAGUUCCUGCAGAAUCCUAACCUGGCUGAGAGAUACAGGAAACAUCUCAACAAGAUCCAAGCCGAAGAUGUGCCAAUUGAUAUUAAACCUGUGAACCCACCAGAUAUAUUCAGCUCAGAGCCACAGGAGCCAAAGCAGCUCUUCUGGGUGCGAGCACGAGGCUACAUAGGGGAGACGGACAUGAAGGUGCACUGCUGUGUGGCUGCCUACAUCUCUGACUACGCCUUCCUGGGCACGGCCCUGCUCCCGCACCGGCAGUACCACAUCAAGUUCAUGGUGUCCCUCGACCAUUCCAUGUGGUUCCACGCGCCCUUUCGAGCUGACCACUGGAUGCUCUAUGAGUGCGAGAGCCCCUGGGCUGGCGGGUGCCGGGCCCUGGUGCAGGGACGGCUGUGGCGCAGGGACGGGGUCCUGGCUGUCACCUGUGCGCAAGAAGGAGUCAUCAGGGUGGAAGAGAGACCAAACCAGAGCAAGCUCUAGCUGAGGAGCCCCCACAAGCUGGGGCUCAAGCAUGCCAAGCGAAGGACCCUGGGAUCAAGACAGGACCUGGACAGCAGCAGGAAGGAGACUGGGCUGGAUCCAGCCCAGUGGGGAGUCCAAGUGCCAGAGGUGUCUGUGACGGACGGUGACCCACAGACCAUCAGUGUGACCAACUGGCUGCUGCACAGCGUGUAACCACAUGCUGCCAUCAGCCACCCUUCACCCACCUUAAAAUAAAGUCAUUGGGUGAAGAGCUGGA